AUGGCAACAGCAGCGACACUAUCCAUCGCGGAGACAUACGCGGCGCCGAAUCUCUUCCCACUGAAACCAUAUGUUCCAGUCCCAACCAGGCACUCUCUGCCCGCGGUAUGGAUGCGCUCAGGGACUUCAAAGGGUCUCUUCAUCCACCAAAAACACCUACCCGAGUCAAUAGAUCGAUGGGCACCUAUUUUGCUGUCGGCAAUGGGGUCAUCAAAUGGAAAUGGGAAGCAGAUUGAUGGUGUGGGUGGCGCUACUUCGACAACUUCCAAAGUGGCAGUGGUUGCGAAGUCUCAGCGAGAAAACAUAGAUGUCGAGUACACCUUCAUUCAGGUUGCACCUGAUCAAGCAAUCGUGGACAUGACUGGCAACUGUGGGAACAUCGCAUCUGGUGUGGCCCCGUUUGCAUUAGAUGAGGGACUUGUGAAGUCGAAGCCAGGUCAAACUGAGGUCGAUGUCCGUAUUUUCAAUACCAAUACUGGACAAACUCUAGUGGAAACGAUCCAGACCUCUGGAGGUUCCUUCAGAGAGGAUGGUAACUGUCACAUUCCCGGUGUGGAGGGCACCUCCAGUCCUAUCAAGGUAGCAUUCCUCAAUCCAGGCGGCAGCAUGACAGGAAAGAUGUUUCCAAGCGGGAAGCCACAGGAGACAUUAACAGUUCACUCACGGACUGCCGGUGUAUUUCAAGUGCUCGUGAGUCUCGUCGAUGCGGCAAACCCAUUUGUCCUUGUUGAUUCUCGUUCUCUGAAAAUCAACGGGCACGCCCAGUGGCCCGAUGCAACGGAUGCAGAGUUCGUCUCCGUGGCGGAGGAUAUUCGGAGAGAAGGUGCAGUGCGUUUCGGAUUAGCUGCAGAUGUGGAGAAAGCCAGCCUUGUUCGGGGCACACCAAAAAUCGCGUUUUUAUCUUCACCUGCCGAUGAAAGUUCCGAUCUGGACGUGCUUUCAUUUACCAUGGGUAAACCGCAUGCAAGUCUGCAGCUGACUGGUGCAGUUUGUAUAGGGGCUGCUAUGGCCAUCUAUGGCACAGUUCCGUGGCACUUGGCUAAUGGAGCACGGAUGGAGAAAGUUCCGAAGCAUGGAAUGGAGAUUGAAGGCCGGAAAAUUGCAAAUGCUGUACCUGUUGGGAUUCGACACCCUGCUGGCGUGAUACGGGCUGAAACGGUAUUGGGCCUGGAUGGAAAGGGGAAUAUUGAUGUGAAGCAUGUUGCAGUUGUACGGACUGCGCGUCGGCUAUUUGAGGGCAAGGUUUUCUAUAGGGCGUGA